CCUCUGAGGACCCGGGCUGCCCUCAUUUCUCCACCCACUCGCCCUCCCAUUCCUCCUCCUCCCGCCGCCUGGCUCCGCGGCCGCCUGCCGCUUUGUUUUCCUCCCAGGUUGCAUCCCCACACGUGACAGGGUGUUCCUGCAGGGCGCGCACCUAUAAGUACCGACACCCCGGGGUAGUGUGAGGUCUGGGCGGGCAGUCGGGCGCGGGGAGGGCCCGGGACCUUCGGAGCGGCAGGCCGGGCAGCCAGCUGGGGAGCCGGCGCGCAGGUCCGAGCCGCAGCGCCCCCGGCCCGACUGGCGCUCUCGGGUCUAACAUGGGCCGCCCGCAGGGGGGGGCGAGGGGCCGGGCCGCAGCGCACGCCCUCCGCACCCCACGCCAUGUCCAGCCCGGGGGGCCGGCGCUUCCCGCCCAGAGCUCCGCUGCUUGCUCAGGGGCUGCGCGGAAAUAGCGCCGUACCCGACACAAUGGCGGCGACCGCCUGCAGCAGCGGCUGCAGCAGGGCUGGCACCGACGCCGUGGGCGCCGAAGAACUGCAGCCGCCCCAGCCCCAGCCCCAGCCCCAGCCCCAGCCCCAGCCCGAACUCCAGUCCGCGCCCCAGCCCCAGCCCCAGCCCCAGCCCCAGCCCCAGCCCCAGCCCCAGCCCCAAGUCCAGCCCCAGCCCCAGCCCCAGCCCCAGCCCCAGCCCCAGCCCCAGCCCCAGCCCCAGCCCCAGCCCCAGCCCCAGCCCCAGCCCCAGCCCCAGCCCGUGCCUGCCCGGCCACCACCGCCGCCGCCGCCGCCGCCGCCGCCCGACCCCCCCAGGAAGCCGCGCAUGGACCCGCGGCGCCGCCAGGCUGCCCUCUCCUUCCUCACCAACAUUUCGCUAGACGGACGGCCGCCGCUGCAGGAGCAGGAGUGCGGCUGCGGCGAGGAGGACUGCGGGGCCAAACCUGGCUCAGGCAGCGCCUGCGGCUCGCGGACUCGGCUCAGCCUGCCGGCUGCCCCAGAGCGGGGCGGCUGCAACGCGCUGGCGCUGGCGGCUGCUGGCACGGCCGCGGCGGCGGUCCGAUCGGGUCCCUGCCUCCCGCAGCCCUCGCCGCUGUCGCCCCUGGCCCCUUGGGGCUACAAGAUGACGCCCGGCCAGGGGGCGACCUGUGGGUUCGCGAGCCCCCUGGGUGCGAACCGGGCGUCGGGGGAGCAGGGGCAGCCGCCCAGGCUGGCUCCCCUUGCCGCCUGCGCCCAGCCGCAGCUCCUGGAUGGCCCCGGGGGCUUAGCGCCCGAGGAGUUGUUGGAGGAAGAUGAUGCCUUUUCCAGCGUGCAGGUGCCAGCAGCCGCCUUCCUGGGCUCGGGGACCCCCGGGAGUGGGAGCGGCAGUCGGGGCCGCCUCAACUCGUUCACUCAGGGAGUCCUGCCCAUGGCCUUCUCCAGGCCAAACGCACAGACUUACAGUCCCCUGGAGCAGCCGGGUCCAGGGGGCUGCACCAGCGCCUUCGAGCAGCUGCAGAGGUCUCGACGGCGCCUUAUCUCCCAGAGAUCAUCCUUGGAGACCCUGGAAGAUAUAGAGGAGAAUGCCCCUCUCCGGAGAUGUCGAACUCUCUCAGGUUCACCCAGACCAAAGAACUUUAAGAAGAUUCAUUUUAUUAAGAACAUGCGGCAACACGAUACCAGGAAUGGCAGAAUAGUCCUUAUCAGUGGCAGAAGAUCCUUCUGUAGUAUAUUUUCAGUGCUGCCGUACCGUGACAGUGCCCAAGUGGGAGAUUUGAAAUUGGAUGGAGGAAGACAGUCAACAGGUGCCAUGAGCUGGAAAGAGAUCAUCGGCCUUGAAGGUGUGGAGCUGGGUGCUGAUGGGAAGACUGUUUCAUAUACCCAGUUUCUGUGGCCAACAAAUGCCUUUGGAGCCCGGAGAAACACCAUAGACUCCACCUCCUCCUUCUCCCAGAUCCGUAACCUGAGUCACCGCAGCCUCUCUAUCGGACGUGCCAGCACCACCCAGGGCAGCCUGGACACAGGUAGUGACCUGGGAGACUUUAUGGACUAUGACCCAAAUCUCUUGGAUGACCCUCAGUGGCCUUGUGGCAAGCACAAGAGAGUUCUGAUCUUCCCUUCCUACAUGACCACAGUCAUUGACUACGUAAAGCCCUCAGAUCUCAAGAAGGACAUGAAUGAGACCUUCAAGGAGAAGUUUCCUCACAUUAAAUUAACACUCAGCAAAAUAAGGAGCCUGAAGCGAGAGAUGCGGAAGCUUGCUCAGGAGGACUGUGGCUUUGAGGAGCCCACAGUAGCCAUGGCCUUUGUCUACUUUGAGAAGCUUGCCCUCAAAGGAAAGCUGAACAAACAGAACCGCAAGCUUUGUGCCGGAGCAUGUGUACUGUUGGCAGCCAAAAUUGGAAGUGACCUCAAAAAGCAUGAAGUCAAGCAUUUAAUUGAUAAACUGGAAGAGAAGUUCCGGCUGAAUAGACGAGAACUGAUCGCCUAUGAAUUCCCAGUGUUGGUGGCCUUGGAAUUUGCCCUUCAUCUGCCAGAGCACGAAGUCAUGCCCCAUUACAGACGGCUGGUCCAGAGCUCCUAGCACAGGCCGCGUUGAGGGCCAGGACUGCUUCCUCAGCAGAACAGCAGUGCUUACUACUGGAAAUACAAAAAUAGAACUCAACAAACUUGUCCUUCUCCACACAUUUUAAUGCAGAAACAGUACCAGAAAUUUGUCAGGGAGUCUUCAGUCUGGCUAGUGUGAUGAACUGUGAGCUGUUUAUGACUCAGCAAGGAAAGGGGAGGCUAUGUGGAGGGCAGGGAGGGCCUUCUGAUCCUCCAUCGGCAAUGAUGCUCAGCUGCCUACCCAGCCUUCCUCCUGGGUACACACCAACCUUGCAAAUGUGGUCCAAUGCCUCCUCUCCAGACCUUUUCCUACCCAGAAUGUGAAGUGUUAGAGCAGAGCAGGGGGAGGGGUCAUAGAAUCCAAGGGGAACCUUUUCAGAGCUUCCUUCACUGUGUCUAAAGUGUGCCAAUCUCUUUUUGUAUCAGCUGCUGGAAGUGCAUUUCCCCUGGGACAUGUGGAUGAGUGACUUGCAAGAGUCUAUCUGAGAGACACGGCUUCAGCCCUAAGGUGCCAAAGCCAGCCUGCAUCUCCAGAGCAGACCUCAGCUUAGAAUCUAGCGCCACGCAGGCCUUGAGCAAGUCCUAGAGAGUUUCUGGCUAGUAGUCACUCUCUCAGUACUGGAUUGUCUAACAUCCUCUGUCCUGCAGGGCAUCGUUUCUGUAGCAGUUCCUACAAGCAACAGGACAAGAGACACAUUCUCAGUGUUGGCUGGGGAGGCACACAGUGGGCUGUGGGCUGUGGGUGGUUCUGCCUAUGUGCUGUCACACCAUGUGCAUAUAUAUUUGACCUUGGCCCUUUCCCCACUGUGGAGAUGGCUGGACGGUGCUCCCUGGUGUGUGUAUCCCUGUGCUCUAUGUUAGAGUGCAUACCAAGCACAUUUGCUGUGCAAUAUAUAUGUUUUUUAAAAGUGUUUUAUAAAACUGAAGAGGGGCAAGACGCAUGAUUGGUGUUUUGAAGCUUUUGACAGUAGGGCAUAUUUCAUCUUGAACAGUAAUUGAGUGGGUUGAAGAGAUGACAACUCUUACCAUUGCCAUGUACCCAGGGCUACAAGCACUGAAUUUUAAUUGUGAUUUGUACUGACUCACUGGGACAGCCUGAGCUGAGACAUGUCACCACAGUGUCACCUCAUUACCACCACAGAGACGUGGCUCCUGGGGUUUGCCUGACUGAAGAAAGUCUGUAGCUGUAUAAAAAAAGAGAAUUAAAAGAUUUUAUUGUUUCUA